UCUGCGCCCGGGCUCGGAGAGUGGAGCCUGGCAGCCCUCUGCUGCUGGCGACUGAAGUCCGCUGCCCGCAGCACCCUUUGCAGCUCUCUCCACCCUAACGGGGAGACGAGACAAACAUAAUUGAAGGGUAUUCGGCUUGGUUAUGUGGGCAGGUGUCCUCAUCCAAACAACUUUGAAGAUCUUCUUUGUGCGUGAGUGUGGGUGGGUGUGUGGCCCUUAACUUUUUCCAGAGGGGCGACAACAACCAGGAACAAGCCAGCUUCCUCGUCGGGAGUGCAUGUCCAGGCAGGACCUCCGUUUUAGCCACUCAGACAACACCGUUGCAGCUCGGGGCUGGACAGACUAUUCUGGGGACUCUGGAUAGCUCUCUGGACAUCCUCGCUGAGCCGCGUUCUGGGAAGGAAAGAUGAGUGAUUUUGACGAAUGGAUUUCUGGGAAAUACAGAAAAAUGGAAGAAGGUCCUCUCCCUCUGUUGACUUUUGCUACAGCUCCUUACUACGACCAGAAACCAGGAACUAGUGGAUUACGGAAGAAAACCUUUUGUUUUGAGGAAAAGCCAUGCUAUCUGGAGAAUUUCAUCCAGAGUAUAUUCUUUUCCAUAGACCUAAAAGAUCGCCAGGGGUCGUCACUGGUGGUUGGUGGAGAUGGGCGGUAUUUUAAUAAAUCGGCAAUAGAAACAAUAGUGCAGAUGGCAGCCGCCAAUGGGAUUGGCCGCUUGGUUAUUGGACAGAAUGGAAUCCUCUCCACCCCUGCUGUGUCCUGCAUCAUUAGGAAGAUCAAAGCCAUUGGUGGGAUCAUUCUGACAGCCAGCCACAACCCAGGAGGGCCCAAUGGAGACUUUGGAAUCAAAUUCAAUAUUUCCAAUGGAGGUCCUGCUCCGGAAGCCAUAACUGAUAAGAUUUUCCAAAUCAGCAAGACGAUUGAAGAAUAUGCCAUUUGCCCUGACCUGAAAGUAGACCUCGGAGUCCUGGGAAAGCAGCAGUUUGACCUGGAAAACAAGUUCAAACCCUUCACAGUGGAAAUUGUGGACUCGGUGGAAGCUUAUGCUACGAUGCUGAGAAACAUCUUUGAUUUCAAUGCACUGAAAGAACUACUUUCCGGUCCAAACCGUCUGAAGAUCCGUAUAGAUGCCAUGCAUGGAGUUGUGGGGCCGUACGUGAAGAAGAUCCUCUGCGAAGAGCUGGGCGCCCCCGCAAACUCGGCAGUGAACUGCGUCCCCCUGGAGGACUUUGGGGGCCACCAUCCCGACCCCAACCUCACCUACGCAGCUGACCUGGUGGAGACCAUGAAGACAGGGGAGCACGACUUUGGGGCCGCCUUUGAUGGAGAUGGGGAUCGAAACAUGAUUCUGGGCAAGCAUGGGUUCUUCGUGAACCCCUCAGACUCCGUGGCUGUCAUUGCUGCCAACAUCUUCAGCAUUCCGUAUUUCCAGCAAACCGGGGUCCGCGGCUUUGCACGCAGCAUGCCCACCAGCGGGGCCCUGGACCGGGUGGCUAAUGCUACAAAGAUCGCUUUGUAUGAGACCCCAACUGGCUGGAAGUUUUUUGGGAAUUUGAUGGAUGCAAGCAAGCUGUCCCUGUGUGGGGAGGAGAGCUUCGGGACCGGUUCUGACCACAUCCGUGAGAAAGACGGACUCUGGGCCGUCCUCGCCUGGCUCUCCAUUCUCGCCACCCGCAAACAGAGCGUGGAGGACAUUCUCAAAGAUCACUGGCAAAAGUAUGGCCGGAAUUUCUUCACCAGGUACGACUACGAGGAGGUGGCAGCCGAGGGCGCCAACAAAAUGAUGAAGGACUUGGAGGCCCUGAUAACUGAUCGCUCCUUCGUGGGGAAGCAGUUCUCAGAGGGUGACAAAGUUUACACCGUGGAGAAGAUUGAUAACUUUGAGUACAGUGACCCAGUGGACGGAAGCAUUUCGAGAAACCAGGGCUUGCGGCUCAUUUUUGCAGAUGGUUCUCGCAUCAUCUUUCGACUGAGCGGCACUGGGAGCGCCGGGGCCACCAUCCGCCUGUACAUCGACAGCUAUGAGAAGGACCUCGCCAAGAUCUAUCAGGACCCCCAGGUCAUGCUGGCCCCCCUUAUUUCCAUUGCGCUGAAGGUGUCGAAGCUCCAGGAGAGGACAGGGCGCACCGCACCCACUGUCAUCACCUAAGACAACAGGCCAGACGCAGUACGUCCCUCCACCCAGCACCUCCACCUAGCUGAUGGAAGAGCAUGCACAGAGGCAAGCUGUAUGCACCCAGGGUUUUUAGGACUCGGUUUCCCACUGACCGGUUGAUGAGGAAUGGCACAUUUUUGAGGUGCUGCAGAGUGAGAAGCCCCUGGGAGCCAUGUGGAAAGGAGGGGAGAGGACCCAGGGCUGAGGCUAACGUCAGUCCCUUUCGUGACCGUUGCAGUGUGCUGUGUGGGGACUUGUCUCCUUAGCACCGGGUCUGUUUACACUA